GUGAAGAAAAAAAGAACAAAAAGAAAGAGAGAGAAAAAUGGGGAGGGGGAGAAACGAAGGUGAAGAGCUGCACGCAGCGGCAAGGUCCGGUGACUUAAAAGCGGUUCAGUCAAUUCUGAGUUCAAAUCCUUUGGCUGUGAACUCCAGAGAUAAGCACUCCAGAACUCCAUUGCAUUUGGCAGCAUGGUCAGGGCAUGCACAAGUGGUGAAUUACCUCUGCCAAGAGAAGGCUGAUGCGGGUGCUGCUGCUGUGGACGACAUGGGCGCAAUUCAUUUUGCUGCUCAGAAGGGUCAUUUAGAAAUUGUUCGGACUCUGCUUUCAUCUGGGGUCUCUGUCAAAUCUUCCACCCGAAAGGGUCUGACUCCACUUCACUAUGCUGCUCAAGGGUCUAAUCUUGACUUAGUGAAGUACUUGGUAAAGAAAGGAGCAAGUCUUAGUUUUAAGACAAAAGCAGGAAAGACGGCCCUUGAUCUUGCAAGCAGCAAAGAGAUACGGUUGUUUCUGGAACAAAGUGAGCAAUCGUUGAAAAAGGGAGAUCUGAAUGAAAAAGAGAAGGCAGAAGAUGCAAAUCUGAAGCCAUCAGUGGCAGAUAAAUCAGAGAUGGAGGACGGUGAACUUUUAGCUUCGGCCUCAGAAGAGCAGGAUGAGAAAAGUUUGAAGAGGAAGAGUGGAGAAGAAGAGAUUAAGGAAGCCUCUCCGGAACAAAGAAAGCAAAAGAUAAAACUGAAUCAUCUUGUAAGCUUAGACGAUGAUGAAGAAGAUGAAAAUGAGGAAUAGCAUUCUAAACCAAGCAUAGCAAGGGAACGCCCUGAAGCACUUCCUGCUGACUUUACGAUUAAACGUAGUAUGAGGUAAAAACAAUUGAAAUUAACUAGUAUUACGUUCAUGUUACAUUCUCUAUACGAACCUAUGGCUUGUGGGAUGUAGUUUAGGCUUUUCAUUUGGGAAUCAUAUAAAAUGUUGCUGCAGGUUAUUCACUCUGCGUAGCCGAGAGAAUCUGUUUUUUACAUUCAGUUUCUCUUGAGCUUCAUUGUAGUUGUAGAAGGAGUUUUAGAUUGUAUUGCUGUGAGACUGCUAACUUGUUGUGAUCUAAUUCAUUGAACUAUUUUACAAACAA